ACUCGACCAUAUUGUUUUCUCUUUCCUUUUUAAUCACACUAACAUAUGGUGCCACUCGAACAUACGGUAGAUUAGACUAACACUACAAGUAUGAAGAAAAAGAGGUCGACAACGAUGGUGUUGAGCACCAAGCGUACGAACUGUGUUCGGCUAGGCGGCGCCUAGGCGCUAAUCGGUGGGCUGCCGCGUAGCCUAGGGCGUUGUGCGCUGUUUAGGCGGGCGCAUCGCCUAGGCGGCGCUCAGCCGCGCCUCCGUGGCGACUUUGCGGCGCGCAGGCGCCGUAGGCGGGCGGCGGGAGCGCGCGGCGUUUUUUUAGCGGAAGCGCGCAGGAUUUUUAGCAGGAGCGCGUGCCGGGCCGACCUGCUCCCGCGUGGGAAAAUCCAUGCGCUGCUCCCGCUCGGCCUCCCUCCUCCACACGCGAACUUGGCCUCCGGCUACUCCCCCGCCGGCUGCUCCCCUUCCUGCUCCCCCGCCGAGAAAUGAUAGCCUGCGGUGUACAAGUGAAAGGAUUAAGGAUGUCAUCAGAAACUGCAGCUGCACCUUCUGAAACUGAAGCAGCUAGAGCGAAUCUCCUAAAAAGAAAUUCAGAUGAUGUUGGAUGGGAAUAUGGUGUUCUGGUUGAUGCUAACAACAAAGACAAGGUGAAGUGUAAGUUCUGUGACAAGGAGAUGAGGGGAGGGAUUUAUAGGUUGAAGGAGCAUCUUGCCCAUGUUGGAAAGAAUGUGAAGAAAUGCACGUCUGCAACACCGCAAGCUCUAGAGGCUAAAGAGAAGUGCAAGAAAGCAAUAGAGGCUGCAAAAAAGGAAGAGGGAGGAGAAGACUGUUCGUGAGCUAGAACUUGGAGAGGAAGUGAAUGUAUCUAGGGUUGGAGAGGAGUUAGAAGAAGUCACUUGUGUUGGAAGCUCACAACCUCACAAAUUAGGGCCAAUUGACAAAUGGACACGUGCUAUUGAUCCUACUAAGGCUGAUUCUUUCAAACAACAGCAGCUGAACAAGGAACUGUGGAAAGAAAGAGAGCAUGAGGUGUACAAGUUUAUUGCAAGAUGGGCCUAUAAUCGUGGAAUACCUUUCAAUGCAUGUGACAAUGAUGAGUUCAAGCAAAUGUGUGAAGCAAUUGGACAAUUUGGACCAGGACUUACACCUCCAACUCAAGAUGCCUUUCGAGGUAGUUUGCUGGAAGAAGAAUAUGAAAGAACCAAGUGUUUGCUGCAGGAACGUGAAGCCGAGAAGAUGAAAAAUGGGUGCUCUAUUAUGACCGAUGCUUGGUCAGAUAGGAAGAGGAGAAGCAUAAUGAAUAUAUGCACUAAUUGUGCUGAUGGAACCUCCUUCAUUAGCUCAAAAGAGAUGUCAGAUGUGUCACACACAAGUGAAGUCAUUUUUGAAUUAGUGGACAAAGCAAUUGAAGACAUUGGUGAAGAAAAUGUGGUGCAAGUAGUCACUGACAAUGCCUCUAACAACAUGGGAGCAAAGAAGCUAUUGCUUGUGAAAAGACCACAAAUAUUUUGGACCUCUUGUGCAGCUCACACAAUCAACUUGAUGCUCCAAGGAAUUGGCAACUUGCCUCGGUUCAGGAAAGUGAUUGACCAAACAAAGUCAUUUACCAUAUUUGUGUAUGACCACACAAGAACAUUGGAGUGCUUGAGAUACUUCACAGAGGGGAAAGAGCUAGUGAGGCCAGGAGUGACUAGGUUUGCUUCAUACUUUCUCACUUUGAACAGCAUGCAAGAGAAGAAGGACCAAUUAAGGAAGAUGGUGGUUCAUAGCAGGUGGGACUCAUUAAAGGAUGUGAAAUCAAAGAAAGGAAAAAAGGCCACAGCUACUAUAUUGAGUCCAGCCUUUUGGAAGGAUGUGAAGCUAAUGUUGGCUGUUUUUGAGCCAUUGGUCAAAGUCCUCCGUUUGGUUGAUGGGGAUGUGAAGCCAUCCAUGGGUUUCUUUUAUGGAGAGCUACUAAAGGCAAAGAGAGAGGUCAAAGAGGCCUUUGGCAAUGUUGAGUCUCGAUUCAAAGAUGUUAUGGCUGUAAUUGAGAAGAAGAUGAAUGGAAGACUUGAUUCUUCAUUGCAUUUGACAGCUUUUUUUGCUGAAUCCACACUAUAGUUAUGCUAACCCAUCAAUCUUUGAUGAGCCCAAAAUGAAUGAAGCCUUCAUAUCUUGUGUUGAGCAAUUUUAUUAUCAUGAUGAGGACCAACAAGAACAGGCUGCCAACUUUGAAUUGAAAAAAAUUCAGAAUAGAGAAGGACCAUUUAGCAAGAAGCUUGCAAGAACUUUUCAAAACUAUGAUUACAAUCCAGGUAGAGCAUCAUGGUGGCGGUUAUAUGGAACUGAAACACCAGCUUUACAGAAGAUGGCUACAAGGAUAUUAUCUUUGACAUCAAGCUCUUCUGGUUGUGAAAGAAAUUGGAGUGGGUUUGAAGGGAUACACACUAAGAAGAGAAAUAGGCUGACUACAACCCGCCUCAACAAGUUGGUCUAUAUUCAGUUCAAUAACAGGCUGAUGAAUAAGAGAGAAAAGAUCAAGUCAAAGAAAAUCACUGAUGUUCUCUUGUCUAGUGAUACAACUGAAGCUCAAGGUUUUCUCCAAGAGGGUGGAGAUGAUUGUGCACAAGUUGUCUUUAGAGAUGGGGAGGAAGAUGAGAUGGAAGGUACAGGGAUACCUUGGUCUGUUAUUGGAGAGACAGUGGGAGCAGAAGAACAACUUGAGCCUCGUAGAAGUGCAAGAGUGAGAGAGCUCUAUGAAGGAGAAGAGUUUGAGUCUGAAGAAGAAGAGUAUGAAGAUGAAGAUUUGUGCUACAGUGAAGAUGAAAUAUGAUCUGGACCAUCUUCAUCUAGUAGUGAAGCCUUUUGUGAUGCCCUGGUCUUAUGAACUACAGCUAUGUCACUUUGUGUCUGUGUGUCUUCUUUUGUGUGAGACCUGAACUAAGAACUAUGUGCUUGUGCUGUCCUUUAUUUAUAAAUUGUGUUCUGCA